AUGUACGAGGCCGAAUCGAGGUUGCCGGGGUGGAUGAGAGAUUGGACACAGCUGUGGAGGUUGAGGCGAAAACCAACAAGGGCAGAGUCUAAUGACGGANUAUAUACUGAGCAACAAAACAAUGCAACCCCAGAACCCCAGAGUUCACCCAAACACUUCAAAGAAACCAUGGGUACAUUGCCUGCUGAGAACUCCACAAUGGAGUUGCAGCAACUUGAUCUUGAUGCCGCUGCCCCUGGCCGGGCUGAGAGGGCUAAAUGGUUGCUCAGCUCUCCCAAUCCGCCAAACCUAUGGCACGAACUCAGCAGCUCCAUAAGAAAGACUGUUGUCCCUCAAGAAAGGAAAAAACAACCUCGGACUAAAGUCCAUGUUUUAUUCUUACAAGGCCUAUUUCCAAUCCUCAAGUGGGGAAGGAGUUACAACGGUACGAAGUUUAAGAAAGAUUUAAUGGCUGGGUUAACUCUUGCAAGUCUUUGUAUACCUCAGAGUAUUGGAUAUGCUAACCUGGCAAAACUUGAUCCUCAAUAUGGCUUAUACACCAGUGUUGUCCCUCCUUUGAUAUAUGCUUUGAUGGGGAGUUCAAAAGAGAUUGCCAUUGGUCCAGUGGCUGUAGUUUCAUUGCUUCUGUCAGCAAUGAUACAAAAAGUUGUAAACCCUUCAGUUGAUCCUGUUGCCUACAGAAGCCUUGUUUUCACCGCCACUUUCUUCACUGGUGCCUUCCAAGCUGUUUUCGGAGUUUUCAGGUUGGGAUUUCUUGUUGAUUUUCUAUCACAUGCAGCCAUUGUUGGAUUCAUGGGAGGUACAGCCAUUGUAAUAGGCCUCCAACAAUUAAUGGGAUUGCUGGGAAUUAGUAAUUUUACAACCAAAACUGAUGUGGUCUCUGUAACGGAAGCUGUUCUUAAAGCACUUCAUCAUUCUUGGCAUCCUUUGAAUUUUGUGCUUGGCUGUUCAUUCCUCAUCUUCAUCCUAAUUACCAGAUUUAUCGGCACAAGGAACAAGAAACUUUUCUGGUUACCAGCCAUGACUCCUCUUUUCUCAGUGAUAUUAUCCACUUUAAUAGUUUACUUGACAAAAGCUGAUAAGCAUGGCAUCAAAAUUGUAAAACAUUUCAAAGGAGGCCUCAACCCAAGUUCAGUUCGUCAACUAAAAUUUGGGGGUCCACAUGUUGGAGAAGCAGCAAAAAUUGGAUCAAUAUGUGCCUUAAUCGCUCUCACUGAAGCCAUUGCAGUUGGGCGAUCUUUCGCUUCCAUUAAAGGGUACCACCUGGAUGGGAACAAAGAAAUGGUAGCCAUGGGUUUCAUGAACAUUGUGGGAUCUCUUGCUUCCUGUUAUGUUGCAACUGGUUCAUUCUCAAGGACUGCAGUAAACUUUGGUGCAGGCUGUGAAACAUUAGUGUCAAAUAUAGUUAUGUCUAUAACGGUGGUUGUGUCCCUGCUGUUAUUCACCAGGCUCUUAUAUUACACUCCACUUGCCAUUCUAGCAUCAAUCAUAUUAUCUGCUUUUCCCGGAUUGAUUGAUUUAAAUGAAGCAUAUAAUAUAUGGAAGACGGACAAACUUGAUUUUAUUGUUUGCCUUGGUGCCUUCUUUGGGGUCUUAUUUGGCUCCGUUGAACUUGGACUUCUUAUUGCGUUGGCUAUCUCAUUUGCUAGGAUAAUAGUGGAAUCCAUUAAACCUAGUACACAAGUACUAGGAAGACUUCCAGGAACAGAUAUAUUCUGCGACAUCCUGCAAUAUCCUGUGGCCACUCAAAUUCCAGGAAUCUUAAUUAUAAGUAUUAGUUCUGGAACACUUUGUUUUGCAAAUGCUAGUUUCACCAGAGAAAGAAUCCUGAGGAGGGUCUUCGACGAAAAUGAGGCUAAAGAAACUACAAAAGGAGGAAUUCGGAAAUUAAUCCUCGACAUGUCCAAUGUAAUGAAUAUUGACACUUCUGGAAUUCAUUCCCUAGAAGAACUGCACAAGAAACUGAUUUCAAGUGGCACAGAAAUGGCAGUGGCAAAUCCAAGGUGGCAGGUGAUAACCAAACUGAAAACAGCAAAAUUUUUAGACAAAAUUGAAGCAGGGCGGGUUUUUUUCAAUAUAACUGAUGCAGUAGAAUAUUGUCUGCAUAUAAAUGUUCUGGGUAACUACUAA